AUGGAGCUGGGAAGUGACGAUGGUGUGGUUGCUGUCAGCUUUAACGAGAACUCCACCGGCAAGACCUUUGCAGACACCAAGGUGCGAUACACCUGGGAACUGGCCAUCGACGGCAAGAUGCACACGAUCGAGUUCACCAACACAAAGACCUCGGGCAAGAAGCGCGUCUUCGUUGAUGGCCGUUUGUUACAUGAGAUGACAGUGUUGCGCUCGCGGAACUUCCAGUACAGCUGGCCGAUCGGCGGGCAUCUGCUCUCGAUCGUCCCUGUGCAGUCGGAAGGCUCCGACAGCAUGCUGGACAAGGUCAUGGACAGAGUUGCGAGCUCGGUCGACUGCCCUUUUGAACUGCGCAUCAAUGGCUUGCCCUUCCGCUCCUUCCGCAAGAGGUCCGUCGUGCCAGUGCGGCCCACGCGGCCUCUUCCGGUUAGCCAGGGCUACGUCAGCGCGCCCGCAGCCGUGAGCAGGCCGGUGCGCCCAUCGCCCGAGCAACUGCAAGCAGACCGGGAGUAUGAAGAGAUGCGGCGGAGGGUGGAGGACGUGAAGCGGCAGAAAGAGUCGCACAGGCCGCAGCUGACCCACCAGGAGUCCUUCGACCGACGCGACCCGCCAAGACAGCGAGCCGAGCUGGAGCCAAGAAAAGAGCGGGCCCAGAGCUUCGGAGGAGGAGAUCCCUGGAGCCAAGGAGGCGCCUUGAGCUCAAAGAGUCCGCGCAGAACCCGACCGUUUGAUGUUGAAGGGGAGGACGUGGGCUUCACCACCGGCGCUGGAGGAAAGUACAGCAACUUGGUCGACUCCGCUGGGUCAAGUGAGACCUCGGACUCGCCAGCCAACAAAGCCCAGGCACUUGCCCUACCGGACAAGUGGCCAUCGGCGGAUUGGCCUUCAGCACCACCAUCCCAGCCUUCGCUCACCUGGCCAGAGGCCGGUGCAGCUGGAGGGAGCUCCUGGCCACCCGCGCCGUCUGCGGAUCCAUGGGGGUCACCCACCCAGGCUCCGCCGCCGGCACGGAAGCAGCGGCAGCCAGUGCCCAGCUAUGCCAUCCCAUGGGAGCCCAUGCCGUCACCCCCGGCAGAGGCCAUGGCAAGGAAGGCUCCAAGCCCAGCCGCGCUUAUGGAUGCUCAGCCGCCCGGGCAUAGAUCACGGAGCACGUCCGACGAGAUGCCGCGUGCUGGAGCUCAGGAGCUGCUUGAACAGCAAGCGAUCCUGGCGAGCAUCCAGUCCACCAGUCCCUCCUCAGCUGGCGCGUCCGGGAACAUCCUGCAGCCCAUCCCGCGCAAUAAGAGCAGCUUGCCACAGCGCAAUGCGAAGAGCGCAGCGCAUCGAAAGGCCUUGCUGCAGUCCCUGGGCCUGCGCCCAGGCGCUUUGCUCAACAAACCGGCACCGCAGGCAUCGCAAGCCUGGCCAACUCAGAAAGCCGAGGUCUCUCCACAGCUGUCUCCAGCGACGCCGUCUCAGCCCAUGCAGUGGCCAGGGAUCGCUGAGGCGGCCAGCGCGGCCGGAACGGGCGCAGCAGGGCUGCUGCCGGUUGCAGCCCAGUCGACCUUGAGCCCAUGGCCUGGAACACCCUCAGACGUUCAGGACUCGGGUCGCUCACCGGCUGCAGCUUCACCCGGACAGGCCACCCUACGGGAGACUCCGACACAUUCUUGGCCGCCGACACAGGCAGCGUCUCGGGCUCCGGGGAUGCCAUCGUGGCCUCAAUCGCCCUCGGAGGUCUCGCCACUGCAGUCAGCUGAGCCUACGCGGUGGCCAGAGGAUGCCCGCCCGUCCGUGGCCAAUGGGUUGCCGACUGCCAGCCCUCCUGAGCAGGCAGCGACGCCUGCGCGUAGCGGCAGCCUUUCCGGGCAGUGGGAGUCACCCGCCGAGGAUGCUGCUUCGCCGCCUGAGCCCAGCCGCAGUCUUUCUGCGCAAUGGCCUGGAUCACCUGCCCAGGUGGCUUCUGCACCUGCGCCCGAGGGCAGCAGCCUGUCCCAGCAGUGGCCAAAGUCUCCUACAGAGGCUGUGGCAGCAGCUGAGCAGACAUGGCCAGCGCCAGCCCAGAUCUUCGGGCGUUACUGUGCCUGGGACACUCAGCUUGAGCAGCUAGCAUGCCAAAAGCAGGAGGCGGUGAUGCCGGGGCGCACCCGUACAGUCCACUGGUCUCGAGUCCCUCCAAGCAGCCGGAUGUUGCUUCGCCUGAGCCCGCCCGCAGUCUUUCUGCGCAAUGGCCUGGAUCACCUGCCCAGGCAGAAGGGGAGUGGCUUCUGCACCUGCGCCCGAGGGCAGCAGCCUGUCCCAGCAGUGGCCAAAGUCUCCUACAGAGGCGUGAACUCGCUGCGAACCAAGUCCGAAGAAAGUGGGAAGCUACUGGGCCUGGAAAAGAAGCCUCGGAGCGAUAGCGCGAUCCCAAUCUUCGGGCGUUACUGUGCCUGGGACACUCAGCUUGAGCAGCUAGCAUGCCAAAAGCAGGAGGCGGUGAUGCCGGAGCGCACCCGUACAGUCCACUGGUCUCGAGUCCCUCCAAGCAGCCGGAUGUUGCUUCGCCUGAGCCCGCCCGCAGUCUUUCUGCGCAAUGGCCUGGAUCACCUGCCCAGGCAGAAGGGGAGUGGCUUCUGCACCUGCGCCCGAGGGCAGCAGCCUGUCCCAGCAGUGGCCAAAGUCUCCUACAGAGGGGCCUGGAAAAGCAUUGAGAAGAAAAGCUUCCGCUACAAGCCUCGGAGCGAUAGCGCGAUCCCAGUAGCAUCCCAAAAGCAGGAGGCGGCGGUGCGUGAGCGCAGCGGCAGCCUUUCCGGGCCGUGGGAGUCACCUGCGGAGGCCGAGGGAGGAAAUGCGGCACUGACAGUUUCCCUGGCAGGGGCGAUGCUGCUUCGCCUGAGCCCAGCCGCAGCCUUUCUGCGCAAUGGCCUGGAUCACCCGGUGGCUUCUGCACCUGCGCCUGAGAGCAGCAGCCUGUCCGAGCAGUGGCCGAAGUCUCCUACAGAGGCUGUGGCAGCAGCUGAGCAGACAUCUCACUGGCCAGCGCCAGCCCAGGCCUCUCAGCAGCCUGCUCCCACGACGCCCGCUCCGCUGCAAUGGCCUGAGAUGCCCUCCGAGGCGGCGGUGCGUGAGCGCAGCGGCAGCCUUUCCGGGCCGUGGGAGUCACCUGCGGAGGUCUCGAGUCCCUCCAAGAAGCAGGAUGCUGCUUCGCCUGAGCCCAGCCGCAGCCUUUCUGCGCAAUGGCCUGGAUCACCCGGCCAGGUGGCUUCUGCACCUGCGCCUGAGAGCAGCAGCCUGUCCGAGCAGUGGCCGAAGUCUCCAACAGAGGCUGUGGCAGCAGCUGAGCAGACAUCUCACUGGCCAGCCUCUCAGCAGCCUGCUCCCACGACGCCCGCUCCGCUGCAAUGGCCUGAGAUGCCCUCCGAGGAGGCGGCGGUGCGUGAGCGCAGCGGCAGCCUUUCCGGGCCGUGGGAGUCACCUGCGGAGGUCUCGAGUCCCUCCAAGAAGCAGGAUGCUGCUUCGCCUGAGCCCAGCCGCAGCCUUUCUGCGCAAUGGCCUGGAUCACCCGGCCAGGUGGCUUCUGCACCUGCGCCUGAGAGCAGCAGCCUGUCCGAGCAGUGGCCGAAGUCUCCAACAGAGGCUGUGGCAGCAGCUGAGCAGACAUCUCACUGGCCAGCGCCAGCCCAGGCCUCUCAGCAGCCUGCUCCCACGACGGCCGCUCCGCUGCAGGAGGCGGCGGUGCGUGAGCGCAGCGGCAGCCUUUCCGGGCCGUGGGAGUCACCUGGAGAGGUCUCCAGUCCCUCCAAGAAGCAGGAUGUUGCCUCGCCCGAGCCCAGCCGCAGCCUUUCUGCACAAUGGCCUGGGUCACCCGGCCAGGUGGCUUCUGCACCUGCGCCUGAGAGCAGCAGCCCGUCCGAGCAGUGGCCAAAGUCUCCUACAGAGGCUGUGGCAGCAGCUGAGCAGACAUGGCCAGCGCCAGCCCAGGCCUCUCAGCAGCCUGCUCCCACGACGCCCGCUCCGCUGCAAUGGCCAGAGAUCCCUGCCGAGGAAACGAGCGUCUCCGCAGAGGCUACCGCGGCAGUGGCAUCCCCCGCUUCGCAGCCGGCUGCGGAGGAGCCAGCAAUGCCCACCAAUGCAGCUGCUCCGUCGCUGCAGAAUGCCCAGGCGCCCCAGUGGCCAGCAGCGGAUUCGAAGGCGACACCUGCCGGGCAGGCAUUUGAAUGGCCGGCACCUGCAGAGUCACCUGCGGAGGCUUCAUCCGUUCCGUGGCCAGCACCAGCAGGGGCGACUCAGGCGCCGAGAGAGGCCCCCGCGUCGCUCGCAUCUGCGGCGAAGGCCCCGAACUCGCCACAAAUCGAAGCCGCGGCCGUGUCCCUGCCCCUUGGCUCUGUGGGGCACCAUGCCGCACCUGCUCAGGAAGCGGAGGAGUUGCCCAGCUGGUGGCCAAAGGGCAGCUGA